CUUCUAAAGUCCCAUGACUCUCGGAAACAAUAUGGGCGAUAAUUUUAAACGACUCGGUGAAGCUGCGAUCCCAAUUCCGACCAUCGACUGGGCCUAUAUUCGAAGCUCCGAGCAAGCCAUCGCUGCACUCCAUCUGCGAGCCGGCUCCCUGAGAACCAACGUGCUGGAGCUCUUUGACGUUGCCAACAACAUCGGGAAGGAUGAAUAUCUUACGGGUUCCACAGCAUUGCACGUCACUCAGCAGAAACGCAAAGAGGUAGCAGCGGAGAUCCACAGUAUCGAAGUCGACGAGAAUCAAAAUCUAGAGGCGGUGCAGAAGCUCGAGACCGAGCUGCGCGAACACUGGGCAACAUAUGCGGCAUACCAGUGUCGCAUAUUCUGCGAUUGCGUUCGACAGAAGCUGCCUAGAGAACUACGCGACAUGGUAUGCCAGGCGUUGUGGGCCGAUGCCCACCACACGAUCACGGACUGGAACUUGCGGGCGCUUUCCAUCGCGCCUGAGAACCCUGUAGCGCUCGUCGAGUCCUGGAGCGGGCGCGACACCAGUUUUUGUUUCGAAGAGCGAUUCGUAGGCCCGGACUUGCAGCAUGAAAUCAUAGAGGCCUGGUGGCGCAUGUCUGUUUUUCAGUUCAAGACGUCGCAGCUCAUACCGAAAUUCAUCAGCGAGGACUUCUGGUGCGCGACGGUUAAGGACCAGAUGAAAAACGUCCUUGUGGACCUGUCAUAUCGGGAACCGAAUUCCAGAUUUCACUUAGGGCAGCAGGCAAAACUCGGUCCGACGGUUGCUGGAACCGACCUUGAUACUGAGCUGGCAUAUAUACAUGCGCUGAGCCGGGUCUCGAAAGUUGCGCUUGCGAUCAAGAAAAGAGACUUCAGGAAAUCCUUAGCGACCGUGCAAGAGAGACAGAGAAGGUUUUUGCAUGCCGCCAGUAAGCUCUAUCCGGGACUAGAGAAACUGCAGAAAGACGGGUACCACGUUUCUGUCAUUGUUGACGGGGAUAUUGAAAUCAAAGUGGAGGGUUUUGACAUCAGUACAGACGGUUGGCGGAAGCAGAUUUACGAUGCUGAAGAACUUGCACCGCACUUCAACCAGCAUCGUGGGUCAAACGUAGCAUUUGGUUGCGGCACAAAAGUACAGGUGCUACCAAGAAGUAAAUACACUUUUGACGGCAAGGUUCCACAAGACAAAAUGUCGAUAUGGCAUGACGCCUUACAACUAUUCCUUCGCAUGAGAAUAUACAACCCAAUCAGUUCGGGCCCUCAUUCCACUGUUCUCAGGCUUGGCAUCUGUUUACAAUUGGACGGUACUGGCGGGUGGGCGGCAUGGCUAGCGAGGCCACCGCAUUCUGGAAAUGUUGUCCUCCGCUCAGCCUUUCUUGGCCCUGCGCAUGAGACGGGGCGCCUCACAGACCAGGCGAAAAUGUCACCGCGGAUAAAGGCCGGCGGAGCCCCUUUCCAAAGGCGGUCACUGGAGCGGUGGGAAAAUUCUGCCGCGAGUUUGCGCCCAGAGCAAAUUACGGGGGGCGCAACACGAGCGCCCAAGACGGCCAGCGACAAGCCACCUUACGGCAAGGAUUUGGCUCCUAGC